GCCAGCUUCUCUCAUCUCAGUAUCCCAGUAACCUACCCCAUUCCAAGCUUGAGGCACCCCAUCUUCUUACUAGUUUUGCUUCCUAAGCAGAAAUCUCAGAAAGAAAGAUGAAGAUAGGGAAGGCUCCUGAGCUCCUGAAGAAGGCGGCAGCAAUGUGCAAGAGCAAGACCGUCAGGCUCCUCAUCCUUGCCUCGCUCCAGCGUCGUAGGAUGGCCACGGCUGCCGUGGUCUCCCACAAGAUCGAUGCGCUCAUUGUAGCCGACUGGGAGAGAGCGGACCGCCACAAGGCUCUCGCGCUGGGCAUGGUAGAGAAGAGACCGGUCAUCGUCCAUGAGAAUGACUUGGAGGCCAAUUUCUCUAGUCGCUUGGCGAUGUUCGGUCCAAAGAAUGGCCAUGGUUGCUUCCCAGCUGACCGAACACUACAUCCCCUCUUCAAUGAUGACCAUGAGAACUAUCGUUACACUGACGAUGAUGAUGUGGUACUUGAUUCAUGUGAUCAAGAUGAUGACGAUGAGCCAUCGGUCAUGGAUGUGAUCAAGAUAAACCCAGAAGUUGAAGGGUUGGAGUUCAACAUGGAGGUGGAGAUUGAUCAGGCUGCUGAUAUGUUCAUUAGGAGGUUCCGGCAACGGCUGAAACGAGGAAUUUUAGGGUCUUGUUUGCACAUGCAUGUACCUCGGUCUAGUGAUUUUUCUUCUUUUUAGGUGCCCACAAAUUAGAAUUUUUUGUUGAAAUAAUUAU